AUGCUCGGUGGGUGGCACGACGACAUCAUCGACCUACACAAACGAUACGGCCGAGUGGUCCGUAUCGCACCUGACGAAAUCUCGCUCGUCGAUGCGGCUGCAGCGAAGGUGCUCUACGGUGCAGGCGGGGCUUACGCGCCCAAGACGGACUGGUAUGACACCUGGACCUUCGGACCAGACCAGGCGCCCGGAAUAUUCCAGACCACCGAUCGCAAUAUCCACGGCUUCCUCCGCAAGCGUGUGUCGGCGCCAUACUCCAUGACCGGCGUGUUGAAGUACGAAGCACACGUGCAGAAAUGCCUCGAUGAGCUUUGGAAGCAGCUCGCGACGCGUGCCGCCGGUGGCGAGUACAUUGCCGAUAUGGCCAAGUGGACCAAUGCGCUCGCAUUCGAUGUGGUCGGCGAACUGGCCUUUGGUGAAUGGCUGGGCCACCUCGCCGCCGGAGCCGCCGACGUUGAAAAUCUACGCGGCACCAUUCUCCAGGGGUUUAUCGCGGCAAGUACCAUGGGCCACAUCCCUGGCCAGACCAAGCUUGUCGUCAAUCGUUACGUCGCGGGUCUCCUGGCGCUUUUCGGCUCUUCGACACCGAUGGAACAAUUCCAAAAAUGGGCGCUCAAGCGGAUUCAGACCCGUCUAGACGAUAUUGCCGAUGGCAAAGGCGAGUCUCGGGACGAUAUGCUGACUCACUUCUGUCGCAUGAAGGCCAAGGACGGAGGCCCAGCCAGUGUACCUGAGAUUAUGGCCGAAUGCGGCAACAUCAUCGGCGCCGGCGCCGACACCGUCUCCAUCGGCAUGCGUGCCUGCAUAUACCACCUGGGCAUGAGCGACCCUCGGUUCCUAGCGACCCUCCGAGCCGAGGUCGACACCUUCUACGAUGAACACAACGGCGCCGCGCCAACCUAUCUCGAGACUCAGCAGAUGCCUUACCUGGUCGCCGUCGUGCGCGAAGCCACCCGGCUGUUCCCCUCCAUCCCCUUCCAGCUCCUCCGACACGUCCCCAAGACCGGCCUCGAGGUCGACGGCUAUCGUCUGCGCGAAGGGACCCGCGUCGGCGUCAGCGCGAUCGCGGCCAACCGCGACCCUGCGAUCUGGGGCGCCGACGCGGAGGAAUUCCGGCCGGAGCGCUGGCUCGAGAGCGAGGAGAAAUCGCGGUUCCUGGAGUCGCACAGCCUGGUGUUCGGCGGCAACGGGGCUCGCGCGUGCAUCGGGAAGAACAUCGCAUUGGUCGAGAUGCACAAAUUCCUCUCCCAGCUCGUCCGGACCUUCGACUUCGAAAUCGUGGACAAGGAGAACCCCUGGCGCGUGCGGACGUUUUGGUUCGCGUACCAGCACGACUUCCACGUCCGCGUCAAGCCGAGGGAUAUCAAGGCCGGGGGGUCGUCAUGA